CCAUAAAGCCCCCAAAAAAGAAAGAAAGAGGAAUCUGGACCUGGUUUUCUACUGAACUCACAAGUUCAUUACCUCACUAUCACUUUGUCUAAACAGGAACGAUGAUCACACUCUUUGUCGCGCUUUACUCUCUUUUUUCUCUCUGCACAGCUGGAAACACUUCUGACAUCAUGGAGCUUCAUGUGAAAACAGUAAAGCGUGGAGAAAAUGUAACUAUGGAGUGUAACAUGAGCAAGGUCAAAAACAAAGAUAAUUUAGCUUGGUACAGACAGAGUUUUGGAAAAGUGCCUCAGUAUUUUGUAAGACUUUACGGGACUAAUAGCUACAAAUUUGCAGAGGGAUUUAAAGAUAUCCGCUUCAGUAUGACUGUAAAUGACCAGAAGUUUGAUCUCAACAUUAUCGGAACGAGAGAAGAUGAUGGAGGAGAAUAUUUCUGUGGAGAAGUGGAGGGAAUUAUAAUAAAGUUCACAUCUGGAACACGUCUGCAAUUUGAAGGUGAAGAGAUGAAACACUGUCCUACACCUGGAACGGUUAACAACAACACAGAUUCUGUUACACGCCAGGAUUCAAACGGCAGUGAUGGAGAAGGUGCUUCAUCAAGAAACCAUCAAACUCCCACCAAUCAGACUGAUGCUGGCUUGAUGUCUGGAACCGUUCUGCCUUGAGUUUUGCUAAGAAACCUUCAUCCUCCUGAACAUCCAGAGAGAAGAUCCAUGAAGAUGUUUAUGCACAAGUUAAAAUAAAACGUCUAAUUAUUUACUCAGACACACUCACUUGUAGACAAAUGUGUCAUAUUUUAAUCAGAUAAAAGCUUUUUCAUUGCUGUAAGUUUUAUCUCCUUUUUCACCUUCUUAAUGUACUAAUUUGCCUUACUUGAUGGAUUUUCUGCUUCACAAUUUACUUAAACAUUUGUUUUUGUGGACCGCUGUUCAUGAAUAUUAUAAUUACUUUAUAUUAGCUAAAACAUUUUUAUCUCCAGUACAUCUGUAAAUGUAAUACAUGUUCCACUUUUUUCAGAAAUACUAAGGGUCUUUAAGUGCAAGAGGGCCGAGUAUAAAGACGAGUGUUAACUGCAUUACUGAGAUUCCACUGUUUAACCUGAAAUUAAUCUCCAGACACGAAAUAUUAAAUCAGAUUAAAAAUGCAUAUUGAUGACUGA